GUUUUACUGUAAAAACAGAGAACACACUGCAUAUUCUGUUCGGAUAGAGGAAGGGUGCUGACCACGAUAAGCAGCUUCACUAGUCACACAAGGGGGAGCUGUAUAUGCUACACAAGCAGUCAUGUUGGCUGUUCUGUUGACCAUAUUAAUGUUUAGUCCAGGGCUUUCAAUGGACAGUCGUGGAACGAGUUUCAUCACUGCAUUCCCCGAGAAUGUUGCUGUUUAUUAUCGAAAGACCUUUAGCCGAUUCAAAAUCACUGCCCUUCACCCAGACACUACGGUCAAUGUCACCUAUAUGGCCAAUGGCAACGUCAACACCAGUGAAACCCUCGACAAAGGAAUUGUUUGGACCUUUAAUUUGACAAAGGAGGUUGAAGAAUCCCAGUUUGUGUCCUCCAAUAAGGUUUUUCAAAUCACCAGUAAUAAAAACAUCACAGUGGUUUCUGUAAGUGGAUGGGAGGGGAGAUUACAGUCUCACGUUGUCCAGCCUGAUCAAAAUCUGGGAACGAUAUAUCUAGUGCCCUCUCUGAAUUACACCAGAAUAGCUGCGUCCUUUAACAUUACCUCAUCAGAUGUCAAAUUCCUUCCUUUUAGGGUGAUGAUUAUCAAUGCAGUGGACAUGGACAACAGUGUCACCAUCAAACGGGUAGAUGAAAGAGGUCAGGGCCUGGAAGAUACAAUAAGCCUUGAUCCUUACAAUCUUCAGCAGAUUGAGAUUAAUGAGACAGUGACAGAAAUCCAUGCAGAUAAGAAAGUGGCUGUGAUUUUGACCCAUCCGUGUUUUGACAGCCAAAACUGCUCAUGCAACAUGGUUCUGAACCAGCUCCAACCCUCUGUGUUAAAUAUGACAUUAGACAGAUUCCCUGUGCCCCCCAUCUUCAGCGUCAAACAGCUAAUUGUGACAACAAAUAAACCUGUUAAGGUCUGUCAAGGUUAUUUUUUAAAUUGUAGUGGUAUUUGGGUGCAAAAUUCUUCAGAUAUCCUGCCAUCAUUACCAAAUUUUGUGAAUAGGACCUCGCUUAUUUCUACCACCAUCAAAGUUUCCAUCCGAUUAGUCAGUCCUGGACUCAUUCUAGACCUCAUUCCACUAAGCAAGUUUUCUGGCUGCUAUCUGGUUGACUUUAAUUCCUCACAGAGUGGGGCCUUGGUGAUUGCUAAUAAAUCCAGCAUUGAUGGUGUGCAAAUGAACAAUCAAUCUUUGCCUUCACAUAUCAAAUGGAGUGAUAUGAAUGGCACAGAAUACUCUUGGGCUCUAGUGAUCGGAGAAAAGAUAACCACAAUCUGGCAUCCUACUGCAAGAAUUGCUGUGUAUAUGAUAGAACGUUUGGAGUCUAACAAUACCUAUGGGAGCGCAGCACCAGUUAUAAAUAUGGACCCAGAUUCUCAAGGCUGUCUGGUGACUCCGGAGAUGUUUGUACUUGGUGAAGAAGAAAUGAACUGGUUCAUGUCCCGACAUUACUGCAUGGAAAAUGCUGAUCUGUUUGCCAGGCUCAACGAUAAAACCAUCCAGGAUAAGAUGGUCUUAAACAUGACACUCGAAGAACCCACGGAGGGCUGGAUUAGUCUGCGCCGCAGCCUGUACUCAACAGACUGGUACUGGAAAACCGAGGACAGUUCCCCACCCAACGUGGGCUUCACCUACUGGGAGAGCGGACACCCUGAAAGCCCAGAGAAAGGCUUGUGUGCCUCGGUUUCUUUGGAUCCCAACAAGAAUUUUAAGUGGAAGAGUGCGCGCUGCUGUUCUAAAAAGAAACCGGUUUGCUAUAAAAGCGCAAAAUACUUUUAAAGACACCUCCAAAGAUCAGUUCAGCUGAAUUAAUUUGCUUUCAGAAUGGUGUAUAUGGAUCAGUAGAGACUAAAUUUAUCUGUCUAUAUAUAGUUAUGCCCUUAUAUUAUACUAGAUUUAGAAAUUAUUAUGUGGUGGGCAAUGACAUUGAUCUAGCAAUAUCAUUAGCAGUGAGAGGAAAACGUGUACUGCAAACCUUUUAGCUUAAAUAAGACUAUUAAAUAUUGGUGUGUAAGCUGAGAUGCAUUUUG